UUUGUCACAUCUAGCGGAUCUCUCCAUUGUCAUUACCCUUCCGCCGUCUCAUGCCUGCACUUUUAAGCAUAAUCUACUCUUGAUCCUCCAUCAGUUCCUUCGUUUGAUUGUGACAUUGUCUCCUAGAUAUAAUAUACUGUACAUACACGUCACAGAAUUCACGUCGACAAUGACAGGCUAGUAAGUUUAUACCCUCCCAGAGUAAGAUGCCUGAUGCGCUUAAUCCUCUCUUGUCGGUAUUUAUAAUGUGUACAGCUUCUAACCUGUAAAAAAAGUGACAUGAAAGUUAAUAUCUUCCUAAUGUUAAUAUGACCCUCCAGCUGUUCCAGUGGUCUCAAAAACUAUUAGAUCAAUCAACUAGAUAACAAUAAUAUAAAAUAAUUGAGGAAACAAUAUAUAUUUGGCUGUUUAAUGGCGAAUGGUGAAGCUACAGUUCCUGAUGUUGACAGAAAAGAAAUUGACCUCUCCUAUUCAUUCCCUCAUGCUUAAAUCAGCGCUCUCCUCUCUUGGAGUACAUCCCAACACCAGAAACUGAGCUGCCAAACAAUGUCUCAGACAUCUGAGGAAGAGUCUCUAUUCAACUUCCGGCAGCAACAGAAGCUGGCACUCUGUGAAGCAGCACUGAGCAAAGGCAACCCCAUCAUCCAUGCAGGGAAAAAGAGACGAGGUCAUCCUGGCCAACCAGAUCCAGAUGCAGAAGUAGUUGCAUUCUCACCCAAGACAUUAUUGGCAACAAACAGAUAUAUAUGUGAAGUCUGCCAUAAGGGUUUCCAGAGAGACCAAAACCUUCAACUCCAUAGGAGGUGUCACAACUUACCAUGGAAGCUCAAGCAGACAAGCGGCACCGACGCUAAGAAGAAGGUGUAUAUUUGCCCUGAAGCCACCUGCCCUCACCAUGAUGCAACCCGUGCUUUGGGUGAUCUAACAGGGAUAAAGAAGCACUACUCAAGGAAGCAUGGCGAGAAGAAAUGGAAGUGUGAAAGAUGCUCUAAGAAAUAUGCAGUCCAAUCGGACUGGAGAGCACACACGAAGAUAUGUGGCACCAAGGAGUACCGCUGUGAUUGCGGAACAAUAUUCUCAAGAAAGGACAGCUUCAUCACACAUCGAGCCUUCUGUGAUGCAUUAACUGAAGAUAACUCCAGAAUCAACCAAAGCCUUGCUGCCAUGGUGGGAAGUUUGCACGGUCAACAGCAGUGCAUCUUUCCGCACACGAUACCUGGUGCAGACUCUUCCCCAACUGAUGCAGCCGGAAACUUCUCUGGUAAUGACCAGAGUUCAGACGACCAUCUGGGGUCUUUAUCACCUUAUACUUUCAUCCGAAGGUCCACUUCAUUGUUCUCCAACCAGAUGAUAUUACCACACGAUUCUGGCACUCUAGCAGAUGGGAGUGAACCAAGCUCUCCUUACAUGUCCAUGAGCUCUCCAUACAUGUCAGCCACAGCCCUGCUACAGAAAGCAGCAGAGAUGGGAGCAAAGACCAGUGAAGAUCCUACCACGCCAUUGCUUCUGAAAGGUUUCCCGAACUAUUUCACCACCAAAGGUCACAUUGGAAUAUCUUCUGGCAUCCUAGGGACCCCAAUAGCUAAUAGUGAUAGAAAGAAGACUGCUGAAGACAACAGCUCCUACAUGAACUCAACAUGGACUGGUAGCUGCAUGAGACCUCCUAAUGCAGUGCCUUGGAUCGGACUACCACCAUUUUCCAUGGGGGCAGAAAAUAGAAGCUCUAUCAUGGUUGACGCGGAUCAUAUGCAGCAAAAUGCACAUGAGACCAUUUUUGGGGUUAGAGAUGUGGGACUAACGCAAGACUUUCUAGGUUUAGGAGGCCAUGGUAAUGCCGAGAUGCACGAUGACACCUACAAUGGGGAAAUGGCAUUAAGCUAUUCAAAUGAGCAGCAGAAAUCUGAGCAAGAUAUCUACUCCUACCAUCAGUAG